CGGAAGACGCGCUCCGGCAGUUGGGAGUGUGCGGCUGGCCGGACACGGCCAUGCAGCCUCUGGAGGUAGGUCUGGUUCCUGCUCCAGCGAGGGAGCCGGGACUGACCCGCUGGCUGCGGAGAGGCAGCGGGAUCUUGGCGCACCUGGUGGCUUUCGGCUUCACCGUCUUUCUGUCUGUGCUGUCCCGGCCAGGAACCAGUCUUUUCUCCUGGCACCCUGUAUUCAUGGCCUUGGCGUUCUGCCUCUGCAUGGCUGAGGCCAUCCUACUCUUCUCGCCUGAGCACUCCCCGUUCUUCUUCUGCUCCCGCAAGGCUCGGAUCCGGCUCCACUGGGUAGGGCAGACCCUGGCCAUCCUCUGUGCAGCCCUGGGCCUGGGCUUCAUCAUCUCCAGUAGGAUUCGCAGUGAGCUGCCUCACCUGGUGUCCUGGCACAGCUGGGUAGGAACUCUGACAUUGCUGGCCACUGGCUGCCAGGCACUAUGUGGGCUCUGUCUCCUCUGUCCCCAUGCAGCCAGGGUCUCGAGGGUGGCUCGCCUCAAGCUCUACCAUCUGACCUGUGGAUUGGUGGUCUACCUGAUGGCUACAGUAACGGUGCUCCUGGGCAUGUAUUCAGUGUGGUUCCAGGCCCAAAUCAAAGGUGCCGCCUGGUACCUGUGCCUGGCACUGCCCCUCUACCCAGCCCUGGUGAUCAUGCACCAGAUCUCCAGCUCCUACUUGCCAAGGAAGAAACUGGAAAUGUGAGUUCCUCUGAACUCUGAAUCCAAGUGAGACGCUUGUCUUGGACUUCCGUGGUUCCUUUGAUGACCUACAAGGGACCCAUUUCAAAAGUGGUAGGGUUUUUGCACUUCUUGGCUGGGCCAGGUGCUGCAGAAACCUGAGCUACUAUUGCAGAGGUGAAGACACAGUGGGCUGAAGUGGGGAAAUGUGUGGAGUGCGAGUGGAAAGUAAUGCAGAGCUUGAGCCUGAAGCUUCCUCCAGACAGAAGUAUGCGGGGGGUGGGUGAUGGUGGUGGAAGUCAUUUCUUGUUUGCAUGCCUGAUGAAGACCUGAGUUCCUGUAAGUUAUAAAUGGCAGCUAUGGGUAUUUGGGUCACUUUUGAGAAAGCAGUGUGGUGUAGCAGAGAAAGCCCAUGGAUCUUGUUACAGGUUAUGGUUCUCUUAGGCUCUGUUGUGUGACCUUAGGCAAGUCACAUGUCAUAGGGUCUCAGGUUCCUCAUCCGUGAAAUGAAUGUUUCUAAACAAUGUAUAAGUCCCUUCUAUCUCUAUCAUUCAGUGUCUGUCAGGUUGAUGUCACAGAGCACCCUCCCAGCUCUGGAUCACAGGCUGGACCACUUGGCAGACUCAGGAUGUAAGUCUUACAUUUAUUCUCCUCCUCUUACCCCCCUGGAGGGACAGUUCUGCCCUUGUGGACUUUCAGGAAUCUGUUGAUUUGGUCCCUGGACCAAGGCACAGGGGGUCAAGCAUUGUGGAGAAAAGGGGCCCAGGUGAGAGUCUCCUGGACUCCAAGACAGUAAAGGCACUAAUGUCACUUUAAAGCUUUUGGGAGAGCAGAAGGGCAUUGGCUUAACCAAGCCUCCAGCUCCUGGCUGCACUGAUGGGAGAGAAGAUGAGCCCAGCUAAGAACCUCCUUCAGCCCACCUCACAGAGGUUCCAUCAGGAUCUGGGCUUGAGAGCUGCAGGAUCUGGGUGUGCUCCUUCCCCUGAUAUUCACUCCCAGAGGUGAACAGACCAGGGCAUCUCAUGCCUUGCCCUUCUUAGGGCUCAGAUUCUUGCCUUAGCACACAGCUUCGUGAAGCUAUUCUGAAGUUUUUAGAACAAAAUAAGGGCCAAGGAAGUGGGGCAGGGCUCUUCUUUCUGAUCCAGGGAAAACAAAGUACUCCUGGUUCCCCUUGUCAUGUAGGCUUUCCUCAGUUGUGAGUCUAGCCAGCUCUUUGGCCCAGGAGGAGGCUGAGUUUGGUGCCAGCUGGCAGAUGAGGGCUGGGCCCUCUUCCCUGCAGAGACCCCCCUCCUUGUUCCAGAUGGAAAGUAGUUUGCCAGACUGCCCUGGGCAGUGAGGGCUGGAUGCCAGGCUGGUUAACUGUGGUCUGGCUCAGUCAGGAAGAUGGGGCCUCCAUAGAUCAUGGCAAACUGAAGACAGCUGAGCUAGGAAAGCUGCUGUUGAGGCAGGUAGAGAUAGGGCAGUGGAGACAGCUCAGUGGAAGCUCUAGGAGGCCUAGAGUGUAGGUGUUGGAGCUCUAGUUCCUGGGAGCAGCGGGAGGUGUUCUUAGAUGUCAGUAAUUUGGAUAUUCUAGGUCUUUGGAAGAUUCGUGACCUCCUCUUUGGGUAGCUCAGAAGCAAGGAGGUUAAUAUGAUCCAACAGUACAGGAAUGGGGACUACACAGGCAGAAGUGUCCUAAGUGGACCUCACUGGGCUUCUCCUGGGUCAGAUAGCAUUUCCCAAGAGCUCCCUAGACCCUGAACGUCUAAAUGGAGGCCCCUGCUGUGCAGAGGGUGAUUGUUCCUGUUCUCUUCAUUGCCUUCUCUCUCCUCUCCAACUGUCCAGUGUGGUCUGAACUUGGAAGAAAUGGUUAUUGAGGCUGCAUGGAGGAGUCUCACCUAGGGUCACUAUGAUCCAGGGAUUCCAUCUCCUUUCCCAUCACAUCUCCGUCAGGCCCAGUGCUGGGGGUCUUGCCCUGUCUACAGCAGGGUGAAAAGCCCAGUUAAGGUUCACCAGCUAGUUCUGAGAACCAAGCAGGCAAC